CGAGGAAGAAGACAGGCUUUCGAAUGAAGAGGAGGAAGAAGAGGAAGAAGGUGUACUUCAAAACAAGUGCAGAAAGCUUUCAUUAGAAGUGCCAUAUUUUAAAGCGUAAGUCACUUUAUUACGAAGUUCACUUCGUAUAUCUCUGAUAGAUCCUCCAUUGACGAAGCCCAUCGUUACCCUUCUACAUUACCUGUUCAUCAUUCAAGGCUAGUUAGAUUUGCAGGUACGAGUACAUUCCUGAAACGUCGAGCCUUAAUUUCCGAUUGCCUUCUGUAGCACACGACAUAGUAGCAGAUAAGCUUCGAGAUGUUGUUUUAACAGUCAUCAAAUCUACAAUUUCCGCUGCCCCAGAUACUUGCCCUUUCAAGAAUAAGGUACUCCAUGGCAUUGAAGGAAACUUAAGUCAACAGAUCUCAGCUUGGAAAGUCGCUGGGAAAUGGAAAAAAUUCUACCCAGACGUCUCGAUCAAUUUCUUUUUACCGGCUGAUCACGAAGCCAAUGACGAGGGAAAUAUCAUAUUUGAGAUCGGCUAUUCACAGACGCUGGAGCGCUUGAGGGAUUUUGCUAAGCUCUACCUCCUUCGCACGGAUAUGUGUGUAAACAAGGUGGUAAUCGUCAAGAUGGACCCAAAGACACGACAGACAUUUCUCGAAGUAUGGGAAAGUUAUAAGAAGAUUGUUAAGGGCAAGAGAUAUUAGCACUUUCGUAUGCGCAAGUACAAGAGAAACGUCAGCAGCAAGGAUUCUGCAAUGGUAUGCUAAUUUGACAUAUUGAUGACAUAUUGAUGGUUUCAAUAUUGACAAGUUACAGGAGAUUCGAGGCUUAGAUGGCGCCCCCGGUGCCCAAAUAAAUGAGAGUGUGAAAUUUUCAUUAGGUGAUCUGGUUCCUUCAACAUUGCAUGAAAAAGAUCCCGAACUCUUCGACAUAUCUUGGGAAUUACCGAUAUCAGAUUCGUACAAGUUGAUCAAUUAUGCAUUCAAUCGUUACGAUCAUGACGCCGAUGAUCAGGGCUGGAAAGGUCCGAAUACUCCAACCCCUGUAUGGGAUGACGAAAAGGAAAGAACCGCGUCUCAUUCCCCAACAUCGGCUGCUACUUCGCCUUCAGAAGACGAAGAAUUUCCUGCUGUUAAUAUUCGGAAACGAAAGAGUUUCCAUUGGAAGUCAAGUUCUUCUCCAUCUCUUCUUACCUUCACGGCGGAACUUGGUAAUAAUCAAGCCAAUUCAAGUCGGAAAGUUGUUGAGUAAACCACGCAUCAUUCAUCGAAUCUAUCUGCAUACCAUUAUCAAACAUGGAGAUAUUAUCUAUCCCGAUUCCUCCAUUGGGUAUACUCCCACUCAUUAUGGCAGAAUAAUCUGUAGGCGUUGGUACUUGGGGGUA